AUGGCUGCUUUAAUGAACCUUGUUUUAAAAAAUCAAAUGCACUAUCGAGUUCUAUUCGAAGACUAUCGUUCUGCAAUGCCUUACUUACCAUAUACAAAUUAUAUAUCCACAUUUCAAGAUUCAAAUGAAACGAUUGUUGCUGACUUCGAACACUAUGAUGUCACGCAAGGAACAAUAGCAGGUUCAAAAGUCAGUAUUGUUAAUUUAUUACACUGGGGCUCCGUCUAUGUUAAAGUAUAUCGUUCAGCAAUGCUAAUCUUACAGCCCACGAAUAGCUCCGUUGGAAAAUAUGCCAUUCAUCUCCAAAAUGCUAUGACUGGAUCUUGGAUCCGAUUUCAAGUUUGCAGAGCACCGGAAGGGCUCGUCGAUCAUUUAACAGUACAACUCUUUUAUGACAAUGGAACAUCUGAUUCAUUCAUGGUUCACGUACUCCCAGCCCUUGGCAAACGAGUAUUCAAGACUGGUUCAACAGAUUAUAUAACGGCUAUACAAACUAUUUCUUUGCCAUUAUUACGUCCUAUGGUUGGCUUAGAAUUCAUAGUUGAUGGAGUCAAUGCACAAUUUUUAGUGGAUGAUAUUGUUGUAGCAAACUAA